CAGAAUCAUGGUGUUUUCAUACUCUGAACUAGGAAUCCUGUGGCAUCAUGGAGUGUUAAAAUCUAACAGUGCUUUCAGGCCAUGGCACAGAUUGUAAGCUUAUUCAGAGGGAGCUUGGAAAUCUCCUUGCUGGUGCAAAGUUUUGUGCAUUUCCGGGCAUGACAAUGGUACAUGGAGAAACAGCAGAGGGGAUGGAGAUGAAAGAGGUCUAAGGAGAUGCUCCAAGCUAAACAAAAUGAUGCUGUUUGUGCCAUGCAACAUCGAAGCUAAAUGAAUGUUCUUGCACCUAUAUUGGACAUUGAAUAGCAUGAGCAAGACUUGUCACACAUUCAUCCUAACAUGCUGGUAUAUGUGAGCACGUGUGUGUGGUCUGGGGAGGUGAGGGCUGUAUCCUCCUUGCAGCAGAGAUCUCAGGAGGCUUAUUACACAGACUUAGAUAAUGAUAGCACGUGACCAGUUAAGGAUAACUUACUGCAGCGACAAGUGCAAAGAGGAACUUCUGAAGUCAGAAAAUUAGUGGUGAUUGUUUUUUUUUUUUUAAACUCUUAUCUCUCUCUGGAGAUAAAUAAACAAGAAAAUGGAAAUACUGAAAUGCUUUCAGAGGAAAAUCAAAAUACUGAUAACUCAUUCCUCCCUGCUUCCUUCGAAAAAUUUCUGUUGCAUCCUGACUGCCUCACAUAAUGUUUGUAUCAGUCCUAGAAACUGGAAAUCGGAGAUGACAGUGAACAAAUCCUUUCUCCUACUAAUGGGAAAGUUUAUUGCAUUCUUGAUAAAGAUCCUUGCGACUGUGCAUCAACUAAAGAAACAGUAAUAAUUUUGUCAUAUUUCUAUAACAAACCACAAAAGGAUGUUCCAUAGUCUACUCACUGUUUCUCCCCAUCUUCUUGUCUCCCUUUCAGUGCCCAUCAGGGUCGUGUUGCCUUGCUGGUGUAAGCCCUCCCUUCCAGAAGACCUGCUCUUGCCCACCUCAGUCUCCCUCAGAACAGUGAAAGGGGGCUGCAGAGCGAUAAAAAUUUAUGUUUUCGUCAAGCCGUGCCAAGGAGAAUGGGGGUCCCACACCCAAAAGAAUGAAGACACGACAGAACAAGGACUCGAUGUCUAUGCGGAGUGGACGGAAGAAAGAGACUCCAGGGCCCCGAGAGGAGCUCAGGUCACGGGGUCGAGCUUCCCCCAGUGGUGUAAGCACCUCCAGCAGUGAUGGCAAAGCUGAGAAAUCCCGACAAGCAACAAAGAAAGGCCGGGUGGAGGAAUCCUGCACCCCCAAGGGCAGCAAGCAGGGCCGAACAGAAGAGAUCUCUGAAAGUGAGGGGGAGGACAGCAGUGCUCCUAAAAAGACCAAAACUGAGGAAUUACCCUGUCCUCCAUCCCCUUCUGACGUUGACAGCCUCGAUGGCCACAGCUUCAAUGAUGAGAUGAGCAGCGACCCACGGGACAUUGACCAGGAUAACAGGAGCACCUCACCCAGUGUCUACAGCCCUGGCAGCGUAGAGAAUGACUCCGACUCAUCCUCUGUGCUGUCCCAGGGCCCAUCCCUCUCCUACCACCACCCUCCGCUCUUCCCCCAGAGCCCUCCGGUCGCCCCCACUUCUGACAGCCUGGCCCGUCCACCUGAGCCUGGCUUCAGUCUCCCAGGCGAGGCCCACCCCCAAGGCCCCACUGCUGGUGGCUACCACUCUCAGCUGGAGGGCCAGGCCUCUCGCAUUUUCCAGGCUCCGGCCCCACAGACACCUGCCUCCUCUUCUUCUGCUGUUGCCACCACUUCUGCCCCCUGCUCUUCUUCCUCCUCCUCUUCUUCCACUUCCACCCAUGCUCCUCUCUACCCUACGGCCAAUGUGGUUCAAGUUGGUUCCAAAAUUGCUGGUGGAGCAGGGGGCCUCUCAGCACCGGGGAGUCGCGAGCAGACCCUCAGCGCCAAGCACAAUCCUCCACCCACCACUCCCAUCUCACUGGCGUCGGUGGUUGGGGGGUUGCCCCCUCAGAAGACCUCCCCAGCCAACCCACCGCCUGCCCCCCCAGCCUCUGCACCUUCCUUCCCGCAUGUCUCAGCCAACCUGCCACCCCCACCAGCCCUACGCCCACUGAACAAUGUGGCAGCCGCCUCCAGCUCCCCAGGGAUGGCAGGGCAGGCCUUGAGUGGGCAUAUGGCAUCACCCCAUGGGAUAGGCCAGGACAAGGCACAGCCCCUGGCCCCCUCACGCUACCCCUAUGCCCCUCCACAGCUGCCACCCUCCAGCUCCUCUGCUCAGUACCCACAGCCCUCCCCCACCCAGCCCCUGCCCAGUUACACUGCCUCCUAUGGGCACUCCUUCCCCCCGCCCAGCAGCCUUUCGGUGUCCAGCCAGCCCCCCAAGUACACCCAACCCUCCCUACCCUCACAACCUGUAUGGAGCCAGGCCCCUCCUCCCUACAGCCGCCCCUUGGGCAAUGCCAGCUCCCAUCUCCCAGCCUCCUUCCCCGGUCAAUCUCCUCAUCACCAGCAACCACCCCAGCAGCACCACCAUGGCCACAGCAGUGGCGGGGGGGUCUCCCCAGCUGUAGCAGCAGCCCCCCCACAACCCUCUGGGGGCUAUCCCCAUGCCCUGGAGUCCAACAGCCAUCACCCAUCUCAUGCCACAUAUGGGUUGCGCCUCUACCCUCCCCACAGCCAGGCCACUUACAGCCAGGCUCCCUCAGCUGCUACAGCUGCCUCACCCACCCCGCCUGCUCCACCGCUGCCAGGGAGCUUAGCCACCGCAGCCCCACCGCUGCCGCUCAGUGCAGCCCAGAUCAAGCAGGAGCCAUCAGAGGAGUAUGAGCCCCCAGAGAGCCCCGUGCCACCUGCUCGCAGCCCCUCACCGCCACCCAAGGUGGUGGAUGUGCCAAGCCACGCCAGCCAGUCGGCCAGGUUCAACAAGCACCUGGACCGUGGUUUCAACUCCUGCUCCCGCACAGACUUGUAUUUCGUGCCCCUUGAUGGCUCCAAGCUGGCCAAGAAGAGGGCGGACCUGGUGGAGAAAGUGCGGCGGGAGGCUGAGCAAAAGGCUCGGGAGGAGAAGGAACGAGAACGAGAACGAGAGCGAGAGAAGGAACGGGAACGGGAGAAGGAGCGGGAGCUGGAGAGGAGCGUGAAGAUGGCCCAGGAGGGCCGGCCAGUGGAGUGUUCCUCCCUGGGGCCCGUCCCCCACCGCCCUUCCUUUGAGCAGGGCAGCGCUGUAGCAACCGUGCCCCCCUACCUGGGCCCUGACACCCCGGCCCUGCGCACACUCAGUGAAUACGCCCGGCCCCACGUCAUGUCCCCCAGCAACCGCAACCAUCCUUUCUACGUGCCGCUGGGUGCCAUCGACCCAGGCCUGCUGGGCUACAACGUGCCGGCCAUCUACAGCAGCGACCCAGCCACACGGGAGCGGGAGCUGAGGGAAAGGGAAGCCCGUGAGAGAGACCUGAGAGACCGGGACCUGCGUGAGCGCCUCAAACCUGGGUUUGAAGUCAAGCCGGCUGAGCUGGAGCAGCUCCACGCCGUGCCAGCUGCUGCCAUGGAUCCAUUCCCACGUCAUGGUGGGCUCAGCCUGCAGACGGCCCCCGGUCUCCAUCCCGCCUUUCCCUUCCAUCCUGGGCUGGGCCACUUGGAGAGGGAGAGGCUGGCGCUGGCAGCUGGCCCCACUCUGCGUCCUGACAUGUCUUAUGCUGAGCGCCUGGCGGCCGAGCGCCAGCACGCCGAGCGGGUGGCUGCUCUCAGCAAUGACCCACUGGCCCGGCUGCAGAUGCUCAAUGUGACGCCUCAUCACCAUCAGCAUUCCCACAUCCACUCCCACCUACACCUCCACCAGCAGGAUGCCAUACACGCAGCCUCAGCCUCUGUCCACCCUCUGAUCGACCCCCUUGCCUCGGGAUCGCACCUCACUCGGAUCCCAUACCCAGCUGGCACCAUCCCCAACCCUCUGCUCCCUCACCCUCUCCAUGAGAACGAAGUGCUGCGCCACCAGCUCUUUGCUGCUCCCUACAGAGACCUGCCGGGGUCUCUCUCUGCCCCCAUGUCGGCAGCACACCAGCUGCAGGCCAUGCACGCGCAGUCGGCCGAGUUGCAGCGCCUGGCUCUGGAGCAGCAACAGUGGCUCCAUGCUCACCACCCUCUGCAUGGAGUCCCACUCCCCACCCAAGAGGAUUACUACAGUCACCUGAAGAAGGAAAGUGACAAACCCCUUUAAAUUGACUCCAACUGUCAACAUGACAUCCCCAUGUCUUUCUGUGAAUCAACCAAAUCCCAGGGGAGGGGAAGCUGCAGUGGUGCGUGUCAAUCCUACCCUGUAGCACACUGCAAGAAAGGAUGGGACAGAGCUAUGGAAUGGCAUCCUGGGAGCAGAACGUGGAGGAGAGCACACAGGGAGGGUCUGCAACACCAAUGAUGGACUUGAAAAGAUCUGUCCAUGAUUUCAGCAGAGCUCUGGAGGAAUUAAAAUCUGCAUCACAAAGAGCUCAAAAAGAUAAAGACUGGUGUGAAUUCAAGAUUGCAGCAGCUCCAUCCUUCGUUUUGAGGGAGCAGUUGUGUUAAAUAGAAAAGGACUCACGGGACUUCAUGUACACGAUGCCGCCUUUCCUGCUUCUGUGAGCAGGAGCUGCAGCCACGACGCACCUCCAAACCCAGUGGAGCCUUUCUUCUAGAUGCCUCCUCUUCCCCCACACUGUAGGUGUAAGAUACUGCUUAGCAAUGCUGAAAAGCAACACGGAACUUAUUCAGAUGAGCCUGAGCAGCCUCUCAUUCUCCAGCCUCCCUUCAGAUGCAGAGCAGUGCGUUCCAAGACCUUUGAAACAUGGCACUGCUCCCUGCUGCCAAGGCAGCUCCAGGCUGCUGGGUACCAAGCACUGCGGGACUGCUGGGCGCGGCCGUGCUUCCCUCACACCUCACGGAUGGCCACGGCCCGCAGGUGCCCUUUGGUCCCAGUGCCAGGUUUGCCCCAGAGGCACCCCUGCCCUCACCCCCCCAACUUGGUGUACUUUGACUCAUGCACAUCCUAUUAGACGUGGCAGUUUGAUGUAGCAACGUGUGCCCCCUUCCCCCGCGUGCGUGUCUGAUCUCACGGUUGUAUAACUCGAGCGGUCCCCAUAUAUAUAUUUACUUAACCAUUAAAAGGAAAAGGAAACCGACCCACGGCCCAGAUAUGGAAAAAUGCCCCAACCAUGUUCCCCACGCACUCCCCACCACACAUUCUAAUAAUUUAUAUAUAUAAAUAUAUAUAUGAAGCUCUUAAAAAGAAAAGCAAACAAGCAAACAAAAACCC